AUGCAGCUUGGGACUGUAGCCUUAGCACUUGGUGUGUUAUCACCCGAACCUCCAUAUUCCCGCUUGCCGUCUGCCCACUUUGAUAUCUUAUCGUACAAUGAUGUCUACGAUAUGCAACAAGAUAAUGUCGAAGGUAUUAAACUCGGAGGUCCAUCACGUGUCGUACCUAUUGCUAAAGCCAUGCGUGAUGCCAGCCCAAACAGUCUUGUGCUAUUUGCUGGUGAUACCGUCUCACCAUCGCUCUGGUCUGCACAAUUUAAUGGUCUUCAGAUGAUAGAAGCACACAAUGCCAUUGGUCUCGAUUUUGCGUCUCUAGGUAAUCAUGAAUUCGAUUUUGGUCUCGAAAACUUUGUUAAUGUGACACAGGCCUCGAAUUUUACGUGGUUAAAUGCUAACUGCUAUGAAGAUGUGACCCACAAGUUACUUCGCGGAACAGUUCCAUAUGCCAUUAAAACUUUGGAAGACUCUUCGCAUGGUAACAUUUCCAUCGGUCUUUUUGGGGUCAUGUAUGACAUGAACGAUUCAAGUAAGGGGUUGUACUGGGGGGAUCCUUUUCAAGCUGCUAGAGACCAAGUGGCUGUCCUUAAAGCUCAAAAUGUUGACUUUAUCAUCGCACUGACCCAUCAAGGUGUAGCAGACGACAAUCGCCUUUCGAAAGAGGUUGCAGGUAUCGAUUUUAUCGUUGGAGGUCACGACCACACAUCAAUUUUACAGACGAAUUAUGGUACACCAUAUUUAAAAGCUGAUUUCAAUUUCCGUUCCAUUUGGAAGUCACAUGUUGAAUACUAUGCUGCUGACGCGACAAACGCCCGUAAGGCGCUCAUGACACACGAAGCCAUUCCAAUUGUUGAGAGCUUGCCUACUGACAAAGCUUUGGAUACGAUUAUUGCGACGUACCAAGCACAGUUGGAUGAACUCGAGAAACAAGUCAUUGGUAGUGUGUGUGAAGCUCUUGACUUAACACAAAAUGUUGUGAGGUCUAAGGACUGCAAAAUUGGUCACCUCUUUGCUGACGCAAGUCGUCUAUUCUACGGCAGUGGUGCAGCUGAUGUUGCUGUUAUGAAUGGUGGUGGUAUUCGUGGGGACAAAAUUGUAGCUGCAGGUGCUUUGACUUUGGGUGAAGUUUUGUCGUGGUCUCCAUUUGGUAACACACUCAUUACUACUCGAACGAAUGGAGCAUCAUUGCGAUUAUUUUUGAAUCACGAAAUGGGUGGUAAUUGCGGGGAAAAAGUGAUUGAACAGAAUGGAUUCUAUAUGCAUCCUUCAGGAUUUAAUUACACUUUUACAUGCACGGGGUACGCUGUUGGUGCUGUGUCGCGUCUCGAAUGGCUCAAUCACCCAAUUUAUCAGGGUGAAAUUAAGGAUUCGGAUGAAUUGGUGUUAGCUCUUAGCGACUUUUUGUAUGCAUCGAGAUUCAUUACAAUCGAAGGAGUUGUUUCUGAUGUCAAGAUCAGUGAUACUGAAGCCGAACGUGUAGACACAGCACUCGAGGUCUACAUUUCGAAUCAAACGAAUGGGGUCUUUUGUCCGUCAAAUGAAUUGCGUUCAAUCGUCACAUUUUAG